CAAAUGAACAGUUGUUUUGGUUUUUGGUUAUGGUUUGACGUUUCGUGUUCGCAAGAGAUUGUCGAUUUUUAUAGGUUCAUGUUCAUGGUUUACUAAAUUGGCCUAGAAAGACAGUCUUUUUUUCGUGUUGUGUUGGAUGUUGUAGUUCAGUUCUUCGCUCAACACUCACGGCACCACUUGUCUUCCUUUCUCUGAUUUAUAUUUUCCAACAAGAAAAUGGAUCAUGAUUGCGUUCCCUCUGCCGUUUCUGUUGCACCAAAAGCUGAACGUAUUAUUAAGAAAAUACCUGGGAAACUACCUCCUCCACCGAAAGAAAUUGAUGUGCUGAUGGGGGAUCUGAGGAAGAAGAGUAUUGUGGAUCUUCAUGAGCUUUUGGAGAGACAAACUAAAAUUCUUUUGAACAAAUCAUUAGUCAACAAAUUGUCUGAUAAAGGUGAAAGAGCAUCUGUCCUUAAGGAUAGAAUUGAAAAAGAGUUAAAAUCUAGGGACGAGCUAGACAAAGCAGCAAGUCUCCUUUCGAAAAUGACUCUUAAUCAACUAAGUGCUCUUGAAUGGAUGGGCCAUUGUAAUCCUGGUCAUCGAGGUGUUAUAUCAACAAAUGUAGACCAUCCAGAAUGUGAAGAAACUAAUCCUCUUAAGAUUUUAGCUACGCACAGUGGUACUACAGAUCAUCAAAAACAGAUAAGCACAAUAAAUGAAGAGGUUACCUUAGUUAAACCAGAAGAUCUUCUUGAUUCUGAAGAUUCAAUUGAGAUUUCUAAAGUAAAAGAUUCUUUGGAGCCCACACUAAAAGUUUCCAAAGACCAGAAAAUGGCUGAAAGUGAUAUGGAUGUAUCAAAGCUGCCUUUACGCUUGAACAAAACUGAGCCAUUUGCACAGGCCAUAUGUGAACGUUAUGGAUGCAAAGAAGGAAAGGAUAGAUUCAAGCCUAAUAAACCUCUUAAACCAUUCACUGGCACCUAUCCUUUGAAACCUACUGGAAGAAUAUCCACAAAGCCAAAGCGUUGGGAAGAAACAAAUGUGACUCCACCUCCCCUAGUACAUACGGAUUCAAAGCUCCUCUCCCUGGAGGAAUCUAUCAAACUACAGCAAGAACAGAAUGUAAAAUUAAAGGACAUUCAGAUCAAACAUGCAACUGAAAAGUUGUCAUCUCUACAUGGAAUUCCAAUGGGUGAUAAAAUUCCAAGAAGUGUCCUGAACAGCAUGUCAUACAGAGAUCCAAUCGAAUGCCAUAGUGAUUCAGAUGAAGACUUUAAUGAGGCUGACAUAGAAGACCAAGAGAUACAUGAUGAAGACCAGCAAGAUAGCGGAACAACUGUUGUCUACAAUGUUGAAACAUGAAGAUGAUCCUUAUUUUCCAGUCACAUACUUUCUGUGAUAAUUCAGUUGAAAACCAGUAUUUUCCUGUACCUCAUUUUAACUAUGCCACAUGAUUAUCAAUAAAUUAUUAAAAUAAUAAGUUUUA